UGAUCGUCCGACAUUUGGAGACUGAGAGUUGUUGCAAGUGAACUCACAAAGCAUUAAGAAGACCUGCGGGUGCUUGAUUUGUGCGCUGAAUCGGCUUAUUUGAUACAAUAUUCUUGAUCUUACUGUUUGUUAUUUGAAUUCAAAAUGCCCGUUGUUGCAGGUCCUCCUCAAGCCCAUGGGCCCUCUACCUUCGACAAGAUGAAGAUGGGUGCGAUGAUGGGAUCAACUGUUGGCGGUAUUAUGGGCUUCAUCAUCGGAACUGUCACCAUCUUCCAGUAUGGUGCGGGCCCUAACGGCGUGAUGCGAACCCUGGGCAAAUACAUGGUUGGUUCUGGUGCGACAUUCGGUCUCUUCAUGUCGAUUGGUAGCGUUAUCCGUACCGAAGGUCCUCACAACGACGCCUGGCUCCGCGCUCGCGGGCCCCCGAUGAUGCUCCCCCGUCAAACUCCUCUGCGACGCGCGCAGGAAUAAGCCAACCGCCCCUGACAUUUUCGACUAGUCGGGGCGCAAGUGUCCGGCAAGCGACCGACGAUUGUACAAUAGCAUAUACUACGCCACAUAUUCUUAUCUGAGAUAUGGAAAAGUGGUGGAACAUCCCAAUCAUAGCAUAUAUGUUGAGGCAUAUGGCCUGGCUAGAAGGAGAGCAUAUUGAUUGUAAAGAACCUGCGGGACGUUAAGUUGAGCCACCAGGUAGCUCCGAACUGGCAAGGCGAUAUGUUUGGUUGUAUGGGUGUAGGUUAAUUAUUAAUGAGAAAGUUAUGAUCAGGAUAUGUUGUCUAAUAAUAGCUUAAACUCAACAAGUAUAAAAAACCUUCAUUGUUGUCAACUUAAAUUUGAUGUUGUUCUGAAUGCUGUUGACUAUAUAUAAAGUUUGACCUCUGGGGGAAUUAUUUAAAAUUACUCCACAAUGAACAAAAAAACCCACUCGAAAG